CACUCCCGCUUCCUCCGUGCACGAACACGCGCAGCCGAGGGAGGGAUAGAGGGGCAGCGGGAACGCGCCUUCCGUGUCUGGUUAGUGGACUGACAGCCAGCUGUGCGGCUACAACGACAACAACCUCCUGGAUUUUUUUUACAUACAACUAGAUUAGUGUUAGUCUGUUACUGAUCAUAAUCUUACACUAUAGCUAGUUUUUGACGCGAAUACACGGCAGCACACAGCUACAACCAGUAUCAUCGGCGUUUUCUGUGCUAACUAGCUAGAAGAGCAUUCCUCCAAUAUGAAUCCCGUGUGCAGCAGAUGCAAUCAGAUCGUUUACCCCACGGAAAAAGUGAACUGUCUGGACAAGUGCUGGCAUAAAAGAUGUUUCAGCUGCGAGGUCUGCAAAAUGACUCUUAACAUGAAGAAUUACAAAGGCUUCGAGAAGAGACCAUACUGCAAUGCACACUACCCCAAGACACAAUUCACCUGUGUGGCUGACACUCCAGAGAACCUCCGCCUCAAACAACAGAGCAAGAUGCAGAGCCAGGUUCUCUACAGGGAGGAUUUUGAGAAGAAUAAAGGCAAAGGUUUCAGCGUGGUCGCAGACACGCCAGAGCUGCAAAGAAUUAAGAAAACACAGGAUCAAAUCAGUAAUAUCAAGUAUCAUGAGGAGUUUGAAAAGAAGAAGAUGGCAGGAGAGGGCCCACUGCAGCAGCCAAGCAGCCCUAACCCAGCAGCGUACCAGCCUGCAGGCUCUCAGAACUACCACUAUGAGCCUGCUGCUGCACCUCCUUGUUAUUCACAGAAGCGGUACAGGGCAGUGUAUGACUACGCUGCUGCUGACGAGGACGAGGUGUCCUUCAUGGACGGAGAUGUGAUCGUAGACGUGCAACAGAUCGACGAGGGCUGGAUGUACGGCCGUGUGGAGCGCACUGGCCAGCAGGGCAUGCUGCCUGCCAACUACGUGGAGGCCAUCUGAGUGAGAGGGAGAGAACAGAGGAGGAGGAGGUAGAGAAAGGGAGGGAAAGACAGAAAGGAAAAGCCCAGUGCCAUCUCAUCUCACCUCUAGCUGCUUUCUCUUGAUUUUACUCUUGUUGCCUAAUCUGUCCUGUGAGACCCUGAACCUACCCCACCUUCUGCAUCCCUGCUCUGCUCUCACUGUUCAGCACACCAGCCACAGACACCAUCUGUCUGUCUGUCCUUCUCUUCUGUCUGCCUGCCUGUCGCUCUGUCUGUGUCUGUGCUGAUGUCUGUCUCUGUGUGGAUCUUCAGUCUUUUCCAAUCCUGGCUCCACUCUCGUGCUGUCACAAGUGGAAUUUGAAAGUCAUAUAAGGUCAAGUCACAGUUCAUUGUUCCUGACAUUUUGCAUCUUGCAAAAAUAAAGAAGAAAAAAAUGUAAAAAGCCCUUUUCCCCACAAGUUAGUCAACAGAGCAGCAGUCAUUAUUCUGUGGGGAAAUUGAGUUAGACGUUUGGGUGGGUGUGGCAUUUUCAUAGGCCUGGUUUUUGUUUGUUUCUUUCUUUAAUCUUGCAGCAUGUUCUUGGCCAGACUGGAAACACAGUGUUUAAUCUCAGUCUAUUAGAACUAAGCUUGAAUAUAUUUGACUUGAGUACAUUCCUUUAACCUCUAACCUUGUUGCUGUUGCACCAGUCAGCCACUUCUCAGGCUUAACAGAGAGGUUUUUAAUAUAUUUAUAGACAGAAACACAUCUCACCAUUGGGUACUCAAGUAGACACCCUUGUGUUCACUGCACCAGAUAGGUAUCAUUGUGAAACUGGAAUCGUAGCCUGACCGAAGAGCACCUCUUGUCGUUACCUUUUACAGGCGGGAUCAGGGACAAGUUAGGGGACAUUAUCAGUCCAUCUCUUGCAGCCAUACGGAAUGCAUCACCUCAGUAGGGGUGUUCAUGUACAGCCUACAUGCCCUUGUUCCUGUUUUUGCUGCCCAAAUGCCUUUAGUCCGGAGGGAAUCACAAAGUUAUGGUGGUGAAGGUUUGGAGAAAGGAAAUUGGAGCAGGCCAGUUCUUUCCCUUUUUGCUACAAAAACUAGAAGACACAUUUAUAAGUGACAGGGCCAAGCACAACUCUAUUGUUUGUAUCUUUUUUAUUUUAAAUUUAUUCCACUGUUUUUGUGUGUAAACAUUCCAGUCUUGUUUUUUUCCAUAUAAUGUGAUUGAAACUGUUGCCUUUGGUAAAUGUUGUUGUCGUGGUUCUCAUGUUGUUGCUCAUUUGCCUUUUCUUGUUAUUGUAAGAUGCUUUUAAAAAAUGUCAGCAUAUUAAAUAAAUAAACCAGCAACUCAAAUAAUGAACCAAGGAAGAGGAAUUUAUCUAGAUGUGUCCGGUGGCAGUAUUGGAUCAGUUUCAGGUCAGAACAGUGCUAGCAGCUUGUUGGAGAAAUCAGCUGAAUAGGUGAAUGUUCAACUCAGUUUCUGACCAGUGGAGCUCUCUUUUUUGUUAUUCUGGAGAACAUGAAAGAAUGUGCUCUGGUUAUGAAAACCAUAUAGCCUUCUUUUGGGUCCAUCUUGCAGAUGAGUGCAAAAAAUGUUGACUAUUCUUUUAUAUUUGCCCUGUGAAUCAGGCUAAAUUUACCUGGUUUGUGUCGGUCUCUAAGUUGUAAAGAAGGCUGGUUCAUAAACAAAAUCAAUCAUUGAAGUCACUUGCACAGAAGUACUGUCCUUCUAUAUCUCUGUGAGGACAUUAUCAGACAAACGUUAUAUUUGGCUGUCUCUGUGGUGUAAAUGGCCCCUGACCAUACCCACCUCUUCCCCUUUCCUUGCUGUUUCAUUCUCCCACAUGAUGCACUGUGACUGUCACAGACAUGAGCGAUUGGGGGGGGGGGAACAAACAUUCAGGAAAAAAAAGCAAAACAUGGCUUUCACUAUGUAGCUAGAUGACACUGUACAACUAUAUGUGUACCAUAAGGUAAAUUAGGGCAACUAUACAUGUCAUGGUGCUCCAGGAAGUGACUUGCCUGCAGAUGAAACAGGUUCAUAUCUGUUGUGAAUGUGGCCAGGUGGAAGUCAAUUGAUU